AUGAAAUUCUUGACUAAGUUGAUUGCUCUCAUUUUGGCGCUUUAUUCCAUACAUUUGUACUGUGACAUUAACUCCAAUGUCAAAACCAGUAUCUGUAAGAAUGAGUACGCUCAAAAAGCUUGCCAAUACACCAACCCUAUCUACUGGAACGAACAGCUAACUGUCCAAAAUCAACAGUAUAAGGACGUUGUUGCUCCAUACGUGAAUAACUUCCACACUCAAUAUUUGAACUCAGUUAAGCCAGUCGUUGUUGCAAAAUCUAUUUUAGUUAAAGAUUUAUACUUCAAACAUGCUCAUGACUCUGUUGUUAGAUAUUCUACUAUUGCAAAGGCCCACAUUGACGACGUACACAAUAAAGUAUUGAAGCCUUUUGGUAGAAAUGUUGCUAGACAUGUUAGAUCUAACCAAUCAGUUCAAGACUUACUAACUAAAGUCAAAGAACUUGACCUUUGUUCAAAAUUCAACAAGGAGGGAUUGAUCAGGGAUGGUAAGGUUUACAUUAAGGCUGCUGAAGAAAAGGUUGUCGAAGUUUAUAAGAAUGCAGUUGCUAAGUACAGUGAAGUAUUCGUUACACCUGAGCCUACUUAUUUCGCAUCAACUACUUCAGCUGCCAAAAAAAGCGCUGCCACUACUCAAAUAACCACUGAAUCUACUACUGAAACGACCACUGAAGCAACUACUGAAACGACCACUGAAACCACUACUGAAUCUACUACUGAAACGACCACUGAAUCUGCAGAAACCACCGCUACAAAGAAGUCUAAAAGAGCCAAGAAAUCAAAGAGAUCAAAGAGAUCAAAGAAAGUUUCCAAGUCAACUUCAACUACCGAAGAAGAAGAAGACUUAGAGCCAACCACUAUUACUUCUACUUUGUUAAGAACUGUCACUAAAGAAAUCGAAAUUAACGAAGAUGCAGUUGAAAAUGAAGAAGAUAUUGUUAAUAAAGAGAUUAUCGAUGCCUCCGAAAACUUUAGACCACCAGUUGACGCUUCAAUUGAGGAACAAUUUAGAGGCUGGGAUAAAAUGAUUGAUGCUAAGCUAAAUUACUAUUUAGAUACUUUUAAAAAAAAUCAGGAAAUAAUUGAAACUGAAUAUAUUGGUACUUACUCUCAAAAUUUCAAAAAACCUAUUAAAGAGUUACAUGAACAAUAUACUCAUUACAGAAAUGAAUUACGUAAGAAAAUCCAAGAAAUUGAUGCUGUUGAAAAAGUGGUGGAAAAAUCAGGUGAAAAGAUUUUACUCAAUCCCUAUAAUGAGGAAAUAGUUGAGAAAGAAGUCACACGUCAAUAUAUCCGUGACUUAAUUAAGGAAGCUCUCAAAAACUUUAAGGCUGCUCUUCUAAAAUGUUCUGAUAUUGCCUCAGCUGCUAAUAAGGAAGCAAACGAUGAAAUUUCUAAAGUUCGUAAUAUUGCGUUGAAGGAAUAUGAUAGUUGGUAUAAAUCUGAAACGAAGAAAUGGGAAGAACUAUUCAAUAAUAAAUUGAAUAUUAACAAUGACGGUGAAAAAAUUUCUAAGGAAAAUGCUAACGAUGAACAAAAAGCUCUAAUUAAGAGAUUUAAUAAGCUCAAGAGAAAAGCUACUUCAAAAUAUUCAAUCCUUCAAAAGCGUAACCUUGUAUUACCAGAUUUAGCAACUGUUAUCAAGGAUUUUGAAAACAAUGUUCAAGCCUUCGAACUUGACUUCAAAGAAGAAUUAGCAAUUAUGAGAGCUCAAGCCAAUGUUGCUUUUCAAUCUCGUGAAAAGAAACAAGGGGUUGAUAUUAACGCUGUAGAAGCUGAAGAAUCAGCAAAGAAAAAUUGA